AUGGCUCAAGGGCGUGCCAAACGACCGCAUCAGAAGAAGCGUCGAAUAAAAUGUGACGAGGGAAAACCCGCCUGUCGACAAUGUACCGAUUCUUUGCGAAAAUGCGAAGGCUAUCAACCGCCUCAGACGUGGCUGUUCAAGCCUCGAAAGGUGUCCGAAACUAAGGAGGAAAUCAUCAACAAACCAACGGCAAUUGUUCAACUGGUUUCUCCUCUUGCGCCCAUUGGCGACUAUGACGACAGACGCUCAUUCCAGUUUUGGAAUGAAGAAGCCGCUCCCAUCUUUUCCUCUUAUUUUGGCCAUUCUUUUUGGACCGAGCUCUUGCCAAAAAUUGGCGUUGUCCAACCCGCUGUCAAGCACAUGCUGCUUGCCACCUCAUCUGUCGUCGAGGCGUCUGCCCUUGAAGGUGUACCGCUCGAAAAGAACUCAGUUUAUCAGACCCACUAUACCAAGGCCAUCCAAGCCACUUGUUCGUCUCCUCAGAUUGAAAGCGUUCUGAUGGCCUGUCUUCUGUUCGCCUGCUGCGAGUUUAUGAAGGGUUCAGCACUCCCUGGACUACGGCACAUACAGGCUGGUCUGAACAUUAUAGAUGAAUGGGUCAAAUCUAUCCGGACUUCGGAUUUGCAGCUUUCCCCCACUGCAAAAUUGAUAAUUCAAGCCAUAGCUCCCAUCUUCCUUGCCUACAUCGACAAGGCACCAACAUACGGCAUGGCAGACCUUCCAAUCAAUGAGUGCGCAUGUACAACCCUGAUUCAAACGAGCGCUGAACUACCGUGGGUCGAACAUUUUGACAAAAUCCACAGAGCUCAUCAUGCUCUGGACGGUAUUGGGCAUCACAUUGCAAGAAUGAUGGACUACAGAAGAGCGCAAUGGAGACCAUCCCCUCCCCACAAAGUUCAAAUGUUGCUGGAAUCUUGGCGCAUGCAUUUUGAAUCAUUCGAAGCAAGCCUGAUCGAUACUCGAAGACAACGGUACGGUCUAGCGCUCCAGCUGCUCAGGGUUCACUACACAAUGCUGUCAGUGAUGCUUCGAGUGUCGUCGAGCAGGCAGGAGAGUGUCUACGAACAGUACACAGAGGAGUUCAAGUGGAUUGUGGACAAAUACGACGAUUUUGCCGAUACGUGGGCCAAAGACGAGUCUUCCAAGUACUUCCACGGCAUGGGCAAUCUCGAGUACCACAUAGGGUACAUUCCCCCUCUAUUUUUCACGGCUACAAAGUGCCGGGAUCCAGUUACACGCCUAGCGGCCUUGAAACACUUGAACUCCUUGAGGGUGGUUGAGAACAAUUGGACUAGUUGUACGGCAUACCUGAUCGCGAGGAAGAUUAUCAAGAUCGAAAAUACCCGGUCCAUCAACAACAAACGCGCCGGUCUUAAAGAUGAGCGGGAUCUCAUCCGGCCAGUGGAGGCGUUCAUCACGGAUAAACAAAGUACACAAGCAGCUCUCAAUUACCUGGCAUCCCCUUACGAUUCAACUCCUUUGUUGCAGGACACCAUUGACCUACAGAGUUGUCCCUUUGCGCCCUCAGCUCAAUGGGUAAGUGUCUGA